AUGAACCUAAGAAGUAGAGGCACUACACAUCUUACUCCCUUGACAGAUAUCAAAACACUUGAAAGAGAGAACAGGAGAAGGUUAAGACAAGAAGAGCAAGAGGCUCAGAUACAAAGAUCAGAACCUAUGAUGGAACCAGUUCCAGAACAACCUCAAGCUGAAGAGGGCAAUGGUCAAGGAGCUGCCAACCUUCGACCUAGACAACCACAACGCCAAGCUAGGGCCAUCGGUACAUAUGAUCAACCUAACAUAAAUGGGAAUAGGUUGGGCAUUAGGGCACCGCCAGUUGCCAACAACAAUUUCGAGAUCAAGUCCAGCCUCAUCAACAUGAUUGAAAACAACAAGUACCAUGGACUUGCCUUGGAAGACCCACUAGAUCACCUUGACAGAUUUGAUAAGUACUGUGGCUUGUCAAAAACAAAUGGAAAGGCCUUCCUCAACAAGUUCUUCUCUGCUACAAGGACUGCCAACCUUAGAAAUCAGAUCUCUGGUUUUCAACAAAGAGGACUUGAAGGAUUUUCAGAGGCAUGGGAGAGAUUCAGAAGCUACUUGUCUCAAUGUCCCCACCAUGGCUUCAACAAUGAGAGCUUGCUAAGCACUUUCUACAGAGGAGUCUUGCCUAAAUUCAAAAGCCAGCUUGACACUGCAAGCAAUGGAAACUUCUUGGGGAGGACUGUCGAAGAUGCAUUAGAACUCUUGGAGAACAUGGCACAGAGUGACUCUGUCUACAAUGAUGAAUAUGAUAGAAGAGACAGAGGUGGUGGAGGAGAAGAUAUGACCACAAAGAGAGAGCUGAAAGCACUUCAAGACAAGAUUGACAUGCUACUAUCAGAAAAGACCAAGAAAGAGGAGUUACAUAUGGUUGCUGAAGUUGAUGGAGUAGAAUGCCAAGAAGAUAUGUACUAUGUCAAUGCUCAGGGUACAUGCUCAAGUCGCCAACAAGGUUCCCUACCUGGAAAGCCUGAACAAAACCCAAAGGAGACAAUGAAGGCAAUCACCCUAAGGAGUGGAAGAGAGUUGCCUCCUAAAGUUCUCAUUAAGGAUAAUGAGAAACAAGGUGGGGAGGUGGUCAUCAAUGUAGAUGAUGAUGUGGUGAUUGUGGAUGAGAAGACUAAUGAGGAAAUCUUGGAGAAGAUAGUUGAAGCUAAGGGCAAGAGAAAGAUUGGAGAGGAGAAAGUUGAGAACAAAAAUGAGGCUGCUACAUCAACAAAAGAGAAAUUUGCCAUUAUUCAGAGACUGACUGUCCCAAGGAAGCUAGAAGACCCUGGUAGUUUCACCCUGCCAUGCGCCAUUGGACCUUUGACAUUUGAGAGAUCUGAUCGAUCUGUCAAGCUCCCCAUUGGCAUCCUAGAAGAUCUUCCUGUCAAGAUAGGAAAUUGUGAAGUGCCUACUGACUUUGUAGUGCUUGAGAUGGAUGAAGAGCCUAGAGAUCCUUUGAUCUUUGGAAGACCUUUCUUGGCAACUGCUGGAGCAAUGGUGAAUGUGAGAGAUGGCACAAUUGAUCUCCACCUUGGAAAAGAUCACAUUCUCCAUUUUGAUAUCAAGGAGAUGAUGAAGAAGCCCACAACUCAAGGAGAAAUAUUCUACAUUGAUGAGAUGGAUGCCUUGGCUGAUAAUUUCCUUGAGGAUGAGCUGACUGAGAAUGAAUUGUCUAUGCUUUUAAAUGAACUUAAAAAGUAUAGAAAAGCACUAGGAUACUCACUUGAUGACAUUAAAGGAAUCUCACCAUCUUUGUGCAUGCAUAGGAUACAUCUAGAGGAUGAAUCUAAAACUUCAAUUGAACACCAAAGAAGAUUAAAUCCUAAUUUGAAAGAUGUUGUUAAAAAAGAGAUAAUCAAAUUGUUAGAUGCUGGUGUGAUCUAUCCUAUCUCUGAUAGCAAUUGGGUUUCACCUGUGCAUGUAGUUCCUAAAAAAGGUGGCAUAACAGUUGUUAAGAACGAAAAUGAUGAGUUAAUACCAACAAGAACAAUAACUGGACAUAGGAUGUGCAUUGACUAUCGAAAACUGAAUGCAGCCUCUAGAAAGGAUCAUUUCCCUUUACCAUUCAUUGAUCAGAUGUUAGAGAGGCUAGCUAACCAUCCCUAUUAUUGUUUCCUUGAUGGAUACUCUGGAUUUUUCCAAAUCCCUAUACACCCAAAUGACCAAGAGAAAACGACAUUCACUUGUCCUUAUGGUACCUUUGCAUAUCGAAGGAUGCCAUUUGGACUGUGCAAUGCACCAGCAACAUUCCAAAGAGCAAUGAUGUCGAUUUUCUCUGAUCUUAUUGAGGAUGUAAUGGAGGUGUUUAUGGAUGAUUUUUCUGUAUACGGUUCUUCGUUUGCUACUUGUUUGUCAAAUUUGUGCAGGGUCCUACAGAGAUGUGAAGAUACCAACCUUGUGCUGAAUUGGGAGAAGUGCCACUUCAUGGUUAAAGAAGGGAUUGUGCUUGGGCACAAGAUUUCAGAGAGAGGCAUUGAAGUGGACCAAGCCAAGAUCGAGGUGAUGGCGAGGUUGGCUCCACCAAAAACAGUGAAAGACAUUAGAAGCUUCCUUGGCCAUGCUGGUUUCUACAGAAGGUUCAUCAAAGACUUCUCCAAAAUAGCUAGACCAUUGACCAAGCUGCUGUGCAAGGAGAUCAUCUUCAACUUUGAUGAAGAAUGCCUAGAAGCCUUUAAGAAGCUGAAGGAGGAGCUCACCAGUGCCCCAAUAGUUCAACCACCAGAUUGGAGUCUACCCUUCGAAAUCAUGUGCGACGCCAGUGACUAUGCUGUGGGGGCAGUCUUGGGGCAAAAGAAGGACAAGAAGACACAUGUGAUCUACUAUGCAAGUAGAACCCUUGAUGAAGCUCAAGCUAAAUACUCUACAACUGAGAAGGAGCUAUUGGCCAUUGUCUUUGCAUUUGAGAAGUUCAGAAGCUACUUGGUUGGGUCAAAGGUGACUGUCUACACUGAUCAUGCUGCAUUGAGACACCUCUUAGCCAAGAAAGAUGCAAAACCAAGACUGUUGAGGUGGAUUCUGCUGCUACAAGAGUUUGAUCUUGAGAUCAAGGACAGGCCUGGAGUUGAGAAUGGAGUAGCUGAUCACCUGUCCAGGUUGAAGGUGGAGUGUGGAAUCCCUAUUGAUGACAGACUUCCAGAAGAGCAAAUGAUGGCUAUUCAUGCAGGUCCUUGGUAUGCUGAUAUAGUCAACUACUUAGCUAGUGGAAAAGAGCCAUUGAACCUUGAAGGUUAUGCCAAGAAGAAGUUCUAUAAGGAUGUGAAGAGAUAUUAUUGGGAUGAGCCUUACCUCUACAUACUUUGUAGAGAUCAACUCUAUAGAAGGGCAGUGGCUGAAGAAGAAACAAGUGGUCAGGUUGAGAUUUCCAACAGGGAGAUCAAGUCCAUUUUGGAGAAGACUGUGGGGACAACAAGGAAGGAUUGGUCUACAAAGCUUGAUGAUGCACUUUGGGCCUAUAGGACUGCUUUCAAGACACCCUUGGGAACCACUCCCUUCAAUCUUGUCUAUGGGAAAGCUUGCCAUCUGCCAGUGGAGCUUGAGUACAAGGCAUUAUGGGCUGUUAAGAUGCUGAACUUUGACAUCAAGAGUGCCAAAGAGAAAAGACUUUUCCAACUCCAUGAGCUUGAUGAGAUUCGACUUGAUGCUUUUGAGAACUCAAGAAUUUACAAAGAAAAGACCAAGGCAUUCCAUGACAAGAAGAUCCUGAAGAGGGAGUUCAACAUUGGAGAUCAAGUGUUGCUCUUCAACUCUCGAUUGAAGUUGUUCCCUGGAAAACUUAAGUCAAGAUGGUCCGGCCCUUUCAAGAUCAAAGAAGUGAGGCCAUAUGGAGCAAUUGUGCUUUGGAACAAGACUGGUGAGGAAUUUGCAGUGAAUGGGCAAAGAGUCAAGCUGUACAUGGCGGCCACACCUGAGAAGGAAGGAACCUCGGUUCCACUUUCCGAUCCCAAACCAGCCUAAACCAAAAAGGGGUAGUCAAGCUAGAGACUUAAAACAAGCUCACUUGGGAGGAAGUCCCAUGUCUAUCCCUAUAUAUAUUAUUGUUUUACUUGUGUGGUUUUUCUUUUGUGUGUUUGAUAAGUGUGUUUAAAAUUUUCAGGUGAUUCUCCACUUAAUCAAAGAGAAAGAUGGCCAUCCAGCAAAGCUACAAGUGUUAAAAUUAUUCAACUCCAUCUAGCAACUCCAAGCUAAGUGUCUCUACAACCAUUGUAAAUAUAUAGUUUUCUUGUUUGUUUCUUCUAGACCUCUUCUUUCACCUUGCUCUCACAAAAGAGACUGUGUGAAGUAAGUGUGGGGGGAGAGUCUACUUAUCUCACAUGUUUUCUGUUUUGUUUACUUGUCAUAAGCAUUGCAUAUCCAUUUGCAUAGAAAAUCCAUAAAAAUUUGCAAAAUUCCAAAAAAAAAAACAUUUAGUUAUAUCAUUUGCAUCUUUAGGUUUGAGUCUAGAUCAUAUAGAAUGCAUAGGUAAAAUCCCUACAAAGGACUCAUGCAAUGAACUCAUUGUUGAUACCCUUUUGAAUCAUAAUAAGUAGCUUGAGCUUCUUCUGAAUUUCUUGUAAACUUCGAGCCUUGAAAACUCCUCUUAAGACUCAUUGAAUCUUACUCUUUGAAACCAACUCCGAUCUUAAUUGACUAAAAUGAACUUAAUGCUUCUUGCUUAUGGUCUCUUGAGUACUAAAUCAUGGCUUUACACACAAUUGAGCUUGUAUAUACCGUUUUACCAAUCUUUUUGACAACUCAAGUGGUAGUCCAUACCCUAAACCCUUCCCUUCUUUCAAACCAUCAUUAAUUGUUGAGUGAGGUCUUUUUGUGAAAGCUUGUCAUGUGCAAAAUCUUGAGAGUAUUAGGAGCGACAUUGAUUUGUUCUCAUCUCUUGCUAGCAUUAGGACCUCUUUUGGGCUAGAAUCUAGGAUGGUGGUUGGAAUGAUGUGCUUUAAUUAUUUUGAGGAUUAAAUUGGAAAAGAUUAUGUAAAGGAAAUGAAUCAAAAAAAGUGUCUUAAAAAAAAAAAAGCUCAGAUUGUGUCAAUAAAAACCCCAAAAAGAAAAGAAAAAGAAGAAAAAAAAUAAGAGAAUGGGGAUAACAAAUUUUUGAGCUAAGAUACAUAGUUGUUAAGACAAAGAAAAGAAAAGAAAAUAAUGUUCAUUGGGUAAGAGAUGAAAAUGGGUGUACAUUUGGGAUUUGAGAUGAAGAAAAGAAAGGGUAGAACUUAAAAAUUGUCUAGGAAAAGGGUACAAUGAUGAGAACCGAUUUAUGUAUGCAUUAAUUGCUCCUUUUCUUAGAUAAAUUUUGCACAAUGAUCAAGCUCAUAUUCUUGAGUGUAAGUCACCAUAGCAAAAUGUAUUUGGACCCUUCUCAUUCUUCACAUUAAACCAUUUUUUCUCACCAAACCAAAUGAUUUGGACCAAUUGGCAAUUUGCGAGAAUUCACUUAUGAUAUUUCUUAUUGGAUGUGAGAGUUGGUUGAUUUGAGGAUUCAUGAUAAUGAGUUAAAAGAUCAAAGGAAUUGAUAGGCCUAGAGAAGUUAGAGCUAAUAAAAACAUCUUGCUCUUGCUAUUUGGUAUGAUUUUGUAAGGAUAUCACAACGAUGGCAUUGAAGAGUUUCUUAAGGUCAUGAAUUUCCAUUUGUGUAUUGAAACAUCACUUCCCAUGUUCUUGAAAGUUUACUUGAGGACAAGUAAAGGACUAGUGUGGGGGAGUUGAUGUGUUGUGAUUU